CCGUGGGCAUCCAAAAUCUCAGGGCCGGCCCUGACCAUCGAUACGGGGACGGGGACGGGUUGAAGUGGGCUGCACAUGGGUUGGCCAAUCCAACGCUUACGGCUCAAAAAAAUCUCAACCCAACCUAACAAAGCGAAACUGCAACCCGACCCCACCCAAACCGGGUUGGGUUGGUCGAGUUGAAAGUUCGGUAAAUCAUUUACCAUCUAGCUAAGCAUUUUGUUUAAACGAAGUAAAAGGGUUGAUAACAUAAAAAAAAGUGUGACAAACUCAGAAAAAGGUUGAAAGUUCCUGCAAUAAAAAAGUAAAAUUUCGGUUGAAAUUGUUAGAUAUAAUUUUGAAUAUAAUAAUUACGGAUUGGUCUAAUGUACAUAAAUUAAUAAAAAUCUUAAUAAUCAUAUUAAAUCCUUAGUAUAAACAGGUAUCAACUUCAUCAUGUUGGGUUGUGUUCAAAUUAUCCUAGCUCAAUUCCAACCAGUAGAUAUUGUUUGGCCAAAUUUUGUAUCAACUAAGUGUCGGCCGUCGGGUUACCUCGGCCAACGGGUUGAGAAUUUUUGGGUUUUUUCGGGUUGGGUUGGUCAUUUUUUGAGCACCCCUAGGUUGAACCAGGUGUGGCAGGUUAUCUCUUUUAAGGUUUUUUUUGGAUUUGGGAUGGCCUGGUUGGUCGGUAUUUUGAGCACCCCUGCAUAUAUUAUUAGGGAACCUGUGACCUUCUCCCACCCCAAUUCUUCUUGACAAACAUUCAAACCCAAUGCCAUUUUUGUUAAACUGUUGCGUCAAGAUGUGGUAAGUUUUUAUUUAUAUCAUUGCAUUAACAAAAUCAUCAUUUUAUAACGAUUGUUUAUGAACUCAGAUCUGAAUUCGUAUUCAAGCUACCUCCAAAUGAAGCUUCAGCCUUCAAGCUUCAAUUUUUUCUUUUAUCUCUCUGAUUUUGCUACUAAAAUUUUUAUUAUGUUGUACCUAUGAUAAAUAUAAGUCGUUUAUGGUUUCGAUUGCGGUCUCUAUAAGCUGUAACAGGGGUUUCCACCCGCUGUUAUUAACUAAUGUCGCCAUAUACGGUGGUUACAUGUCAAAGUUACCAUCAAUUUAUCAAUAGCGCAUCCUCCAAUCACACCAAAAACUAGCAAAUCAAUUUUAAACAUUUAUAUGAUGUUAUUGGAAGCUUAAAAAUAGGGUUAUUACCUUGAACGAAGAUUUACAGUCGAAGAACUCUAGGAAAUUAGAUCUUACAGCAACAAGAAAUCAGAUUUUUUUGUAUAAGCUUUAGAGUUUUGGGAUGAGAUUAAGCACGAUUUGUUUGCUAUAUUUAUAGCCUUUUGAAUGCAACAGAAGAUCGUUAAGGAUUGGAAGCACAAAGGAGUAUCAUUGUAUGGGAUUUCAUUCCCUUACUAGUGGUUGCUGCAUAACUGAUAUUAUUUCGACCCCAAACAAUGAAUACUUCAUUUUUUGUUUCUUUAUUCAAUAUACACGAAUACAUAUAUGUUUACUGUUUUUUAUAUAUGGGUUAUUACAGCUCUUGAAGGGUUUUGUGGAAGAGAAAGGAAAGUGAAGAGCAUAAUCGAGUCAAAUGGGCAGACCACCCAGUAAUGGGGGCCCAUCUUUCCGCUUUAAUCAGGCCGAGAUCGCGGAGAUGGAAGCCAUCUUGCAAGCACACAAAACGGCAAUGCCUGUUCGUGAAGUUCUUGUUUCCCUAGCUGAAAAGUUCAGUAAUUCUGAAGAGCGCUCGGGAAAGAUUGAAGUUCAAAUGAAACAAGUGUGGAAUUGGUUCCAAAAUAGACGAUAUGCAAUCAGGGCUAAAGCAGCCAAAUCACCGGGGAAGUUAAAUGUAACACAAAUGACCCGAGAUGAUUCAGCUAUGGUAAAAGGUGUACCUCAGGCUACUCAACCACAUGGCGCUUCUUCAGCCACUGUUAGAUCUUUGCCACAAGCACCACAGCAUCCAACUGGUCCUUCAGCUGUGGUUAGAAGUUUCCAACAAGCACCACAACAUCCAGCUGCCUUUUCAGUUCAAAGUGCAGGAAGGGUUGCAGAUAAUUCUCAGAUGGAGUAUGAAGCUAAAUCUGCUAGGGAUGGAGCAUGGUAUGAUGUUUCAACCUUUCUAUCACACAGGUCUCUUGAGACAGGUGAUCCGGAGGUUCUGGUUCGAUUUGCUGGUUUUGGAGCUGAAGAAGAUGAAUGGGUCAUUGUACGCAAGAAUGUUAGACAAAGGUCUCUGCCAUGUGAAUCGUCUGAAUGUGUAGCUGUUCUCCCUGCAGAUCUCAUACUUUGUUUUCAGGAAGGCAAGGAGCAGGCUCUUUACUUUGAUGCCCAUGUCCUAGAUGCACAAAGGAGGCGGCAUGAUGUAAGAGGUUGUCGUUGUAGGUUUCUGGUGCGGUACGAUCACGAUCAGUCCGAGGAAAUUGUGGCGCUGAGGAAGAUUUGCCGCCGACCUGAAACUGAUUAUAGGCUGCAACAACUUCAUGCCGUAAAUGAGUCCCUUUCUGCCAACCAGAACAAAAAUGGUGCCAAUAAUAUACAUACAGUCAGCACUUUGAGAGUCUAUCCUCCGGCUGAAGUACAACAAAAGCAACAUAAAGUUGAGCCAGUGGUUCCAUCUUUGUCAGCCGAAGUACCACAAAAGCGCCAGAAAGUAGAAUCAACUUUUCCGGCUCCUCCACCAGAUGGAUCACAAAAGCACUUCAAAGUAGAACCUGCAAUGGUGGCUCUUUCAGGUGUACCACAAAAUCAGCAAAGAGUACAACCUGCACCUCCACCUCGACCUCCAUCUGAGGCGCCACUAUAUCCGAAUAAAGUUGAACCCGUGCUAUGUCUCCCAUCAGACCAAGCAUUAGUAGAGCCCCAUAGAGUCGAACCUGUGGUUCCUUGCCCAUCUGCCCAACCAUCGUUAGAGCCAAAUAAGGUGGAAUCAGUGGUUCCUGUUCCAUCAGCCCAAGAUUCAGCAGAGACGCAAGUGGCCAUCAUGCCCACCUGCUCAGAAAAAGUCCCACUUGAGUUGCAUCAAGUACAGCCAGUGAUGCAUGGUCCUUCAACUGAAUUAUCACCUACAGUAGUUGCACCAGUCGAACCCAAGGUAGCUGAAUCACUGAAAGAGUCCAUGGUGUCUGGCACUUCAGUUGAAGUACCAUCAGAAUUAGAACCUGCAGAUGAUGUAUCAGUAGUUGCACAAAUGGAAACCAAGAUAGCUGAGCCACAGAAAGAAGAGCCUGUGGUGGCUGUCCAAGUACCAUCAGAAUUGCAUGAAAUACAACCCAUGUUGUCUGGCCUUUCAACUCAAGUAUCAGUAGCUGCACCACUGGAACCCAAGGUAGCUGAGCCACAGAAGGAAGAACUUGUGUCUGAAGUACCAUCAGAAUUGCAUCAAGUACAACCCAUGAUGCCUGGCCCCUUAACCGAACAAGUAUCGAUAGUUGCACCCAAGAUAGUUGAGCCACAGAAAGAGCCCAUGACGCCUGGAGAUUCAAUCGAAGUAGGGUCAGAAUUGCACAAAGUACAACCCAUGAUGCCUGUUCCUUUAACCCAAGUAUUAUUAGCAGUUGCACCAAUGGAAGCCAAUGUAGGCGAACCACAGAAAGAAGAACCAUUAGAAUUGCGCCAAGUACAACCUGAUGAGCUUCAUACAAGUGUACUUGAGGCAAUAGAGACCAAACCCGAGGAAUCUGUGACCACGGUGGAGGAAAUAGAGACCAAAGCCGAAGAACCUGUUAACAGUGGUAAUGUUAUUGAGCAGCCAAAACUUGCAGAGGUUAUGGAGGGUAAUGUCGAUGACGAGGAGCAUGCAAAAGAUGCUGAAAAUGGCAACAUAAAUGAGGUCGGAGACCCGGAACUCCAAGUGGAAAAUGCUGGUACAGUUGAGAUGGAAGAAGGAUGAUUGAUUAUAUGGUAGAGUAGAGAUAGGUGUGUAUUUUUAGGAUAAGAGGAUUUUGAUGAUCCUUUUCUUAGGCUUACAUGGAUGGGUUGUUUUGCGUUUACAAUUAUAUCGUUGGUUUAGAAUUAAAGUGAAUGACGUUUUUAACUAAAUAGAGUCGGUUUAAUAAUGUGUUUGUACAAUGUUAUGCUUGAGAAAAUGCCAAAAAGAAACCUUUGUGGGGGACGUUACGUUAUUCACUCAAAAAAAUUGUUU